AUUUCAGCAAAAUACAAUCACUCAUCAUUUUCCUUAAACCCUAAAACCAGAUUCCUCCAUCUCUCUCCGAAUUCAUCAAUGGCGUUCUCUGCAAUUUUCCAAAGAUCCGCACGAAAGGCGGCCCCACUCGCUUCUCGUCUCAUCGGAUUGCAGAGAAACUUCCAAUCUUCCGCCGCCAUAGCCUCCGUCAUCAAACGCGCGUCUCUCUCUCCCCAGUUUGUCCGCUCUGCCGCAUGCUCUUCCACCCGCAACUUCUCCUCCGAAGUUGCCACCAAAUCUCCGUCGUCCAGCACCAAGCUUCUUGAAGUCCUUCAAAGCGAAAUCGAUGUCGUCGAGGAGUCUGAGGAUAACGAUCAGACUGUAGAGGUUCCCAAAGGCUUCCCUUUUGAAAUUAAGGACAAUGUUGGAGAACAAACUGUGACCUUGACAAGAGAAUACGAGGGUGAAAACAUUGUAGUGGAAGUAUCCAUGCCCAGCCUUAUAACUGGUGAGGAAGAUGAGGAAGACAAUGAGGACGACGAUGCAGACGAGGAUGGUAAAGAGGGGGAGACAAGUUCCCAAUCAAGUGUACCACUUCUUGUAGUUGUUUCCAAGAAAGACGGUCUGUCGUUGGAAUUUGAUUGCACUGCUUAUCCAGAUGAAAUCUCAAUCAACAGUCUCUCGCUUAAAAAUUCGGAAGCUGAAGACGAACUUGCGUAUGAGGGUCCUGAUUUCCUUGAUUUGGAUGAAAAUCUACAAAAGGCCUUCCACAAGUAUCUGGAGAUUCGAGGUGUCAAGCCAAGCACAACUAACUUCUUGCACGAGUACAUGAUUGAGAAGGAUAACAAGGAGUACGUAAGGUGGCUCAAGGACGUCAAGAAAUUUGUCGAGGCAUAGGCUACUGGCCUUUUAAUGGCAGGAAUUCUGUUCCAUAAACAAGAUCUUAGUGACAUUUAUAAGAUUGUUUUGCUGCUUGUAGUUUUGAUAUGCAUAAUAUAAGAAGCAGAGUUAUUAAACGUAUAUUUUUUGGACAAUUUGCUUCAUUUCUCAGAAGUUCAAGCAAUAUUAGUAGGAA